CCCCCAUGCCAUGCCCUUGCCCGCCUCGGCCACCGCGUCCGCCCCGCGCUAGCGCCAGGCCAGGGCCGACGAGGAGCUCGUCCGCGCGCACCCGCCGCCGCUUCUUUAGCCGCGCCGGCGUCGCCGAGGACCCGGCGCCUGAGCCAUUCUCCUUCACCAAGUCCCUCCUGACGUGGCCACAAGGUGGCGGGUUCAUGCGGGGCAGGAUCCGCGUGGCCGGAUGGGAGCUGGAGCUCACGGCGGCCACGACCUUCGAGAAAAUUUGCACUCUGUUGCUGUCGGCGCAGCUGCAGCGUUGCAACGACGCCACCUUCUAUCGGUCGUUCGACGUCCUCGAGGGCUUAACCCUGCUCGGCCUCUACUGCCAGCCCAGCAGCCGCCGCCUCCACGGCCACCUCCUCGUCGCCAGGGCCGCCGACCUGCCGCGCUCCACGGAGUCGCCUCUCCGCGCGCCGCGGGACUAUGAGCUCGUCUGGGACUUCCACGCCGCUGCCGAUGCCGGUGGCGCCAGCGCGGGCUCUUGCUCCGGCUAUGGAUCAGUGGUACCGGGCGCUCGGGAUCCUCGUCACGACGGCCCCGGCAAGCCGCCGCUCGAUGAGGUGGGCUGCGUGCGCGCCGACCUCACCGACGAGUGCGAGCCGCACAGCUCCCUGCUCCACCUGCAACUCACCUCGACAUCUCGAGGACCUUGGUAGCCUUGCGCAGUGCGUCACCGGCGUAGGCGCUCCGCGCCUCCUCCUUCCCCUGCGCGGCGGCACACACUACCAGCUCGGUGUCGUCGUAGCUCACCCUCUCCGGCCACACGCCGGUGAGGCGUUCUGCGCG